CGCACGAUCUGUUUUCCUGUCAACAUCAUCUUGCGCCGAGCCGAAAUGGAAAUGGAGCAAUACAAGGCGAACUUUUUUUUCGACUAUGGUAAAGCUUCCGACGAAAUCGCAAGCGGAGUUUACUUACCUAGGAACCUCUCAAGAGCUACAGUCUCAUCAAGAACUUCAGCCACGCGCCUCGUGCCUUAAUCGUCUUGUGUUCACCCAAAACUCUCCGCUCGACAUUUCUUUCAUUUCAGCAUGUCCAGUUACAAGACUAGCAUCGCUAGCAUUCCAGAGUCAGACAGACCAACACCUCCAGAAAUCAAUCAGAUCCCGCCGACAGACAAGCCCGACGAGAAGGCCAAUCCUGGUUCUACCUCAGCAUGGACUUCGAAUGAGGCUCCCGAUGGCGGAAUGGUCGCGUGGAUGGUCGUUUUUGGUGCUUGGUGCACCUCAUUCUGCAGUUUUGGAUGGAUCAACAGUAUUGGUACUUUUCAACAGUAUUAUUCAACAGAGCUUCUGCCACAAUACUCGCCCGGAACCAUAUCCUGGAUCCCCUCCUUGCAAGUCUUCUUCAUGUUCGCCAUGGGUCCAGUUGUUGGCAGAUUAUACGACCGUUAUGGGCCACGAUACCUUAUAAUCGCUGGUACCUUCCUCCACGUUUUCGGAUUGAUGAUGGCAUCCAUCUCAACAGAGUACUAUCAAAUCAUGCUCUCGCAAGGCGUCUGCAGUGCCAUUGGCGUGUCACUCAUAUUCCAGCCAGCAUUGAAUGCCAUCGUCACCUGGUUCGAUAAGAAACGCGGCAUAGCCUACGGCAUUCUUUCCACUGGAUCUAGCAUCGGCGGCAUUGUCUUUCCCAUCAUGACUAGUCGUCUUAUCCCUUCUCUGGGUUAUGGAUGGACGAUGCGUGUUUCUGCCUUUCUGAUUCUCGCUCUGCUCAUUCUCGCCAUGUUGACUGUCAAGUCUCGAUUUCCUCCUAAUAUGCAGCGCAUAACCAAGGAACAACUUGCCGCCCCGUUCCACGAGCCAGAAUUUCUAGCUCUCAAUACUGGACUGUGUUUGUUCACAUUUGGGAUGUUUAUUCCUAUCAACUAUCUUGCAGUGGAAGCUGCUGCCAAUGGGAUGAGCCCAGAUCUGGCGCGAUACCUCGUUGCUAUUUUCAACGCUGCUAGUCUAUUUGGCCGUCUACUCACUGGAGUUUUAGCCGACCGCAUAGGCAAAUACAACGUAUUUACCCUAGCCGCGUCCGCUACAGGCAUAAGUACUUUAGCCUUGUGGCUUCCAAUUGGACGAGACAACGAUGCUGCGCGUAUUGCAUACGCCGUCCUAUAUGGAUUCUUCUCUGGCGCCUAUGUCUCCCUAAUCGCAGGUCUGGUGGCACAAAUCUCUCCAAUGAAGGAGAUCGGUUUCAGGACCGGGCUGGUGUUCUUCGUCAACAGUAUUGGAGCCUUGACGACAUCCCCCAUUGCCGGUGCUAUUCUAGACCAGGAGAAUGGUAUUUGGACAGGAGUCAAAGUCUUCUCUGGUGUUUUUUGUAUUGCUGGCACGGUGUUUGUAUUUGCAGCCAGGGUCUAUAAAGUUGGUUGGAAGUUUAACGUCUUCUUCUGAUACUAGCAAAACCAUCACUCCACCGCACCAAUGCCCGCAGAAGUUUUCUUUCAUUCUAUGUAAUUAUCUUCAUUUGAUGUAGUUUUG